CAUUAACCCUUUGGUGUUUACCCCACGAUCGACAUCUUCCUCACAGCCAAACACGGCUUUUGGGCCUGUACUGUUCAGUGAAGGUUGAAGAGAUGGGAAAUGCAGAAAGCAAUGCCUAUCAGAAUCACCUCUGCAGAUUUCUUCCUGAGGAGCAGUCUGACAUUGAUGGAGUAUUUGAUACCUUAUCAGGAUUGAGCAGCUCAGCUGGAGCAAAAAAUGGCAAAGCUACAAAGAAAACUGUGACUCUGGCAGCACUACAGGCGUAUACGCGGGAGCCAUUACCAGAGCAAAUGACUGUUCGGUUAUACAACGGAAUGAAAAGUAUUGGCUUGACUGGGAAAUCAUCUGGGCUGAGUGAACAGAUUGCUAAGGAGCAGUUUGUAAUUUUUAUGUCAAACCUCUUAAAAGGGAAUGCAGAUGAGAAGAUUACCAUAAUAAUGAGAAUGAUCGCUAAGACAGAAGGGCCUGUGAAGGGCAAACAAAUCCAAGAGUUCACAGAGGAUCUGAUCAUAAGUGUAGUCCAUGUACUGAGCUACAGGAAGGAACUGAAAGGUUGGAAUUUGGAGAAUACUAGGGAUUCUGCAAGUGGAGUAAAGGCUCUGGCUUCUCAGCUGCUAUCAGAAUUGAAGCUUGCAGAUGGGACAAAACCUGUGGGUCCUCAGCUGAUGGAGACAAAUUUUGAUCAGAGUGUCAUUGAGGAUUGGGUGUACCAAGUUCCACAGAUCUCAAUUUUCCUCAGUGUUGUUAUCAGGCAAGGCCUCCAUGUUCUGCAUUCUCUCCCAGACCAAACCAAAGACAUACUCAACCUGGUUCCAGGCUGCAAAGGCAUCAAAGGAAGAGGACUUGUCAGUCUUUUCGACAUCCCAUCCAUCAUAUACAUCAACUCCCAUCUGCCUGCAGAGCUACAGCACAAGUGGCAGCUUUUAUUUUCUUCUAGGCUUCAUGGAGAAAGCUUUUCACAGUUAUGUGGGCAUAUAGUGAACAAAGGUCCUUGCGUGGUGAUCUUAAAGGACGUAGAUGGUUAUAUCUUUGGUGGGUUUGCAUCUCACUCCUGGGAGGCGAAGCCACAGUUUCAAGGUGACAACAGAUGCUUUCUGUUUUCUGUUUUCCCCUCUCUUGCUGUGUACACGUAUACCGGGUACAAUGACCACUACAUGUAUUUGAACCAUGGCCAACAAACAAUGCCAAAUGGCCUUGGUAUGGGUGGACAACACGGUUACUUUGGACUCUGGGUAGACAGUGACUAUGGGAAGGGACACAGUAAAGCAAAACCUCGAUGUACCACCUACAACAGCCCCCAGCUGUCAGCUAAAGAGGAUUUUACACUGGAUGCCAUGGAAGUUUGGGCAGUGGGAGACCUCCCUGAAAGUGCAGGGACAAAAGGUAAGAAGAGUAUCCUGGAUGUAGAUCCUGAGGCUCGAGCCUUAUUAGAAAUGACUGGAAAAAGUCGUCAGAGCGAAGGUCUACGAGAACCCAUUGAAGAAGAUGAUGAUGAUGAUGAUGAUGAUGAUGAUGAUAACUAAAAGAAUCACAGUAACAUGAAAAACCUUUUCUUUUUUUUUGCUCUUGAGUGUUAAUGUUCCUUGGACAGGAUAUUUUUUCCUCAUUUUUUUUCCUUACAUUUACCUAAUUAUCAUACUUAUGUAAUAUUUAGGUCCAAUACAGUAUCCUGCCUGAAGGGUUUUGUUUGGGGAGGACAGAAAAGUUAACUAGGUACUUAAUCAUUAGACACCUCUAAGUUCUAGCUGAGUAUGAAUUUGCUAGCAUUCCUGAUAGAUCCUGUCUGCAUACAGAAUUAAAAACAAAAGAUGAAGUUAUUGACAGUACGGCUUACUGACUUGGAGAAUUGAUACGUAUUUAUAGAAAGACUGUUCAAGACACUGAUUAUGGCUCUUAUACCUCAGCUGCACAUAUUUAUUUGCAUGCAAUGAAAUUAGUCAGCGAAGCUUGCAAAUUGUAAUGAUGUCUUACAUUGGUAAACAUAGAAUAGUCUACGUGAUUCCAUAUGAAGGAUGCUAUUAAUUUGCAUUGCUCCAGUUAAAGCAUUAAAUUUCAUGUUUUCUAAGUCAGAUUGUCAGCAAGUGACUCUAUAUGGGCUGUAAAAUGUCCAGAAUGCUAAGUAUACAGUAUCCAGUUUUAUAAUACUACACUACACCUUAGUGCGUUUCACUUAAGAGGUUUCUGCAGAAAUUUGCCUAUUGCUUUUUAAACUUAGUAGAACAGAGCCAGUGGGAGUCAUUCAGCCAUAUUUAUCCUAAGAAUGGGCCAUACCUCCAGCAGAAAUCCUCUAGGGAAGGUACCUUCUUUAGUAGCCUCACUUGAGACUGGAGUAAAAGAUCAGGCUGUAAAAAGGAUUAAGUAAGAAGCAUGCACAGUUAAUUGGGAAUAGUAUCUGCAGAUACCUUAUAAAAAAAA